AGCCGCUUUGAGUCCAAGAUCCAUGACCUGAGAGAGCAGAUGAUGAACAGCAGCAUGAGCUCCGGCUCCGGCUCACUCCGGACAAGUGAGAAGAGAUCUCUCUAUGUUCGAGCUCUGUUUGACUACGACCGGACCCGAGACAGUUGCUUGCCCAGCCAGGGGCUCAGCUUCUCCUACGGGGACAUCCUGCACGUCAUCAAUGCCUCCGACGAUGAGUGGUGGCAAGCCAGGCUUGUCACGCCCCAUGGCGAGAGCGAGCAGAUUGGGGUCAUUCCCAGCAAAAAAAGGGUGGAAAAGAAAGAGAGAGCACGGUUGAAAACAGUGAAGUUCCACGCCAGGACUGGCAUGAUUGAGGCCAACAGGUCGAUCAAAACGAAACGUAAAAAGAGUUUCCGCCUCUCUCGAAAGUUUCCAUUUUACAAGAGCAAAGAGAACCUGGCCCAGGAGAGCAGCGGACAGGAACAGGGCGUGACAUCAAACACCAGUGACAGCGAGAGCAGUUCCAAAGGACAAGAGGACACCAUCCUGUCGUACGAGCCAGUGACGCGGCAAGAAAUUCACUACGCGCGGCCGGUGAUCAUCCUGGGGCCAACCAAGGACCGAAUUAACGACGACCUCAUCUCCGAAUUCCCACACAAGUUUGGUUCCUGCGUGCCUCACACUACUAGGCCUCGGCGUGAGAAUGAGGUGGAUGGACAAGACUACCACUUCGUCGUAUCCCGUGAACAGAUGGAGAAAGACAUCCAGGACAACAAGUUCAUAGAGGCCGGGCAGUUCAAUGACAACCUCUAUGGGACCAGCAUUCAGUCGGUGCGAGCAGUGGCAGAGAGGGGGAAACACUGCAUCCUGGACGUGUCUGGCAAUGCUAUCAAGAGGUUGCAACAAGCACAACUUUAUCCCAUUGCCAUUUUCAUCAAACCAAAAUCCAUUGAAGCUCUCAUGGAGAUGAACCGGAGACAGACAUACGAACAGGCCAACAAGGUCUUUGACAAAGCCAUGAAACUCGAGCAAGAAUUUGGAGAGUAUUUCACAGCCAUCGUACAAGGAGACUCUCUCGAAGAGAUCUACAGCAAAAUCAAACAGAUCAUUGAGGACCACUCCGGGCACUACAUCUGGGUCCCGUCCCCAGAGAAACUCUGAAGAUGUCCCCCACCUGCUUCCCCGUGAGCAGAAGACCUCUGAAGACCCACCCCACCCAAGCCCUCUGCCCCAAGGGGGAGGGAUAUGAAAACUAUUCCUGCCCCCCUUUUUUAGGUCGUCGCAAAAUUGAGUUUUCUAGUCCUGUUUCUUUUGUUGGGAUGAACUCAUCUUAUUCAUCACGUGACUGUUCCCACCGUUCCUGCAUGGACCUUCCCACUGCUCCAUUAGAGACAGAUGAGAACCCAUCCAAGGUCGUUUUUUAUUACUAUUAUUAAUUAUU